CUCAUCUCUCUCUGUGUCGUCAAGCAAUCGUCUGUUGUUCAUGUCUGGUGAAAUGGCUGCCAUAGCAUGUCCGUACAAGCUUCCUCAUCCAACAUCUUCCAAGGUUGAAGGGAACUACUGCAAGCAAUCAGAUCAGGUGGAGAAGCCACCAAAUUCACAUCAACUCUUCCAUGGAAAGGCAGGCACCGAAAUCUGUCGGCCCGUCAGCGUCACCACCCGCGUCCAUAUAUCCCGAGCAGGGCCUCUAUUCGCAGCGCUGAAUAGGCCGAGAGGCUUUGGACCUCCCACGAGGAAAACCAAGAGAGGAAAGCAGCCGAAACCAGGCGACGAAAGCGACGAUGACGAGGACGAAGAGGAAGAGGAAGAUAGAGAGGGAGGGGUGAUACCGGAGAUAGUGACAAACAGGAUGAUAAGCAGGAUGGGGUUCACGGUGGGGAUACCUCUCUUCAUAGGGCUAUUGUUCUUCCCUUUCUUCUACUACCUGAAGGUGGGGUUGAAGAUCGAUGUUCCGACGUGGGUUCCGUUCAUCGUAUCGUUCAUAUUCUUCGGGGCGGCGCUGCUGGGAGUGAGCUACGGGAUUGUCUCCUCCAGCUGGGAUCCGUUGAGGGAAGGGUCCUUCUUGGGAUGGAAGGAGGCUCAGAAGAACUGGCCUGUCUUCUGGCAGUCCCUUCGUCCCGGUGGUAGCAGUAUUAAUAAGAAUCGUCCUUGACUGCGUUCCUCUAUUGUUAUCGGCUCUGUUCGGUUUUGGCAAGCGAAUUCCGAGAUGCUUAAAUUCAUUACAAGAAAGAAACUUUUUAUUGCAAAA